CCUCGGCCAGCUGUGGCGCAUGACGCAGGACGGAAUAGUUCGAGACCUUUGGGAUUGUACUUCCAGGCGGAGCCGUGCGCAUUUACGCACUCGGAGAGUUCCCCGGCGAAGCGACGCGUUUACCCGCCGAAGAAUGACAGAGGAGAGCACGACGUCCCUCGCGGAGCAUCCUCCCCGCAGCCCCGCGGGCAGCGGCGGCUCCGGGUCCCUGCAGCGCGCGGCGGGUUCCCCGGAGCCCCCGACCCCUCCGGCGCGCGCGCCCAAAACGGAGAGCGGCGCGGAGACCGAGCGCUUCCCCGCGUGCAUCCGCGACGCGGUGUCGCAGGUGCUGAAGGGCUACGACUGGUCGCUGCUGCCGGUGCCCGCGCACGGGGAGCGCGCGCUGAAGGGCCAGCCGCGCGUGAAGCGGCCGAUGAACGCGUUCAUGGUGUGGGCGCAGGCGGCGCGCCGGAAGCUGGCGGACCAGUACCCCCACCUGCACAACGCGGAGCUCAGCAAGACGCUGGGAAAGCUGUGGAGACUUCUCUCCGAGACAGAGAAGCGUCCCUUCGUCAAGGAGGCCGACCGGCUGAGGAUGCAGCACAAGAGAGACUACCCGGACUACAAGUACCAGCCUCGGAGACGCAAGACCCCCAAACCCGGGCCGGGGGGGGACAGCAGACCCCCAGGGGCCCAGAAGCAGCAGGUCUUGUAUAAGACAGAACCCGGGGGGGAGGUGCCCCAUCACGGCCACGCAGAGCGGACAGGUCAUUCUCAUGGACCCCCGACGCCCCCCACGACCCCUAAAACCGAGCUCCACGCCGCUCCUCCGCCGCCGGGCCGCCAGAACAUCGACUUCAGCCACGUGGACAUCUCCGAGCUCAGCGCCAUCGACGGGUUCGACGUGCACGAGUUCGACCAGUACCUCCCGCCCGGCGGCGUGCACGGCUCUGACGGCGGCCACGGCCACCCCGCCGGACCCUUCGUCCACUCUCACUCCUGGACGCCCAAGGGCGGAGCUUCCGCCGCCAUCACGCCGCCGCCGCCGUCCACCAAACUUCAGAUUAAAACUGAGCAGCUGAGCCCGGAUCACUGCGGAGGCUCCUCCUCCUCCUCCUCCACGCCGCCGCAACCCGAGUACACGCCCCUCGCUUCCUCCACUUCCUCCGUCAACCCGCCCGACCUCCACGGCUCCGGUAUCUACGGCGGCGCCUUCUCCGGUCUGUAUCAGUACCCGUACUUCCACUCCUCCCGCCGGCCGUACGCCACGCCGCUCGCGUUGGCUCCGCCUCCUCACAGCCCUCCCUCUGGCUGGGAGCAGCCCAUCUACGCAACACUCAGCAGGCCUUGAGGAAGAGGAGGAGGAGGAGGAGAGUCCUCCCUUCCCCACGGGGUUAAAACUUUCUUGAUGACCUUUCAAAGAGGCCCUUCCUGCCGCGUUGGGUCUCUGAGCGACGGCGCCCGGUAUCAUAUUUUUGCGGCGGCAUACUUACGGUUCACAUUUGGGCAUUUUCGCGGUAAAAUAAAUUUCUCGAGGGGCAAAAAGACGAAGACUAAAGUUUCUUUCACAUCAAAGUCAAAGUUAACUGUGUUACUUUUUUUAAACUGGAACCCCGAAAGUUAUUUUCUUUUUCCCCCUUUUUUUAUGAGUUAUGUGGCAGGAAAGUGUUUCAUUGAGAUGUGUGUCUUCUUCUGAUCAGUGGAGGUGAAUCAAUAUUAAAAAACUUAAACUAACUAGA